AUGUCAUUCCCUAAAUUAAAUGCUCUCAGAGACCUGCACAACUCUGCUAAUGAUCUCCUCCACUCGCCAGAAAUUCAACAAGUUCUUGCCCACCAAAAGCAAGAGAUGUGGUUCAUCAAGUCUCUGAGGCAUCUCUUACAAUGCUGGACGUCUGUAGCGUCUCUAAAGAUGUUCUUUUGUUCGUCAAUGAACAUCUUCUAGACCUACAAUUCACUUUACCUGGGAAAAUUUUUAACCAGCCAAAUAUUAAUGCCAAGAUAUAUAGCUGCUUAUAAUCACUAUAGAAAGAAGCUAAAUAAAGAGACAUUGAAAUGCCUUGGGUCACUGAAGGGAAUGAAGAACAAAUCAGUUGUAACUUCAGAUAUCUCAACCAUAGAUCACAAACUUACUGUUGUUGUGGAAGUAUUAAGAGAAGUGCGAGUGAUCACCAUCACCAUUGUUGAGUCUUUAUUGUCUCUUGUUUCCAUACCAUGGCUGGAUCAGAAAUCCACCAAAGGGUCUUUCAGAUCAAAUUUCUUUAGCUCAGGUGGGCAGAUCAUGUAUGAAAUUUGUGACGAAACCGCGCUUCAAAGUGCAAAUAAGAGACUGGAGGCAGUGGAGAUUGCGAUUGAAGAUCUUGAAGCGGAACUAGAGUGCAUCUUUAGACGUUUGAUCCAGACUAGGGUUUCGCUUCCUAAUACACUUACCAAUUAGGAUACAAAAUGCCUAUGUUUCAUUGCAACCCAUUAUUUUAAGGAUUGCUUUGCCAUGGGUGAUCACUUACU